AUGGCUUCAGAAAUUGUGGAGUCAGCAAAUCUAGGAAUAGAAUCGAUAUGCCCAAGGGAUGAAGUAUGUGAAAAUUCAUCGGCGUUGGUGGGUUAUGUGUUUAUGAAAUCGCAAGAUUUCUUAAAGAAGUUUGGAUUUCUGCUAUUUAAAAUACUCAAGAUGCAGAAAGCUCGUUUUGGGGAGCAACAAGUGAUGGAUUUCAAUGAUUUCAGAAAGUUAUCCACAGUGACUGAUGGGUCAUGGAAGAAGCUCAAAACAGGCCUGAUCUUUCAGGACCCGCCGCUUCAAGCCGACCUAGUUUCCAAGAUUGUCCAUUUGAUUGAUGAUCUCGAUGCCUUCAUCGUCGACGAGUCUCUCUGUCAACCGACGAAAACAGCGUCCACUGUCGACUCCAGGUUUCAACGGAAGGAGGAAGUCGGCGGGCCUGCGAAGGGCAUAUUUUCCAGAAUAGAUGUCUUUCAGGAAGAGUUUAGGAGUUUGCUUAAAAUGCUUCAGGAAUUCAACACCCUGUGCUUGGAGGAUGAAGCCUUGUCCUCCUCCCAAUUGUGA